AUGUCACAAUCACCUGGUAAUGAUCAAAGUCCAUUUGCUGUUCUUGUUAAGCGUCUUAUUGAAAGUAAUGAACAAAUGCGAGCUCAAGUUGGCAAAAUAAAUCGUCUUGUACCACAAGACGAUGAUAAAAAUUGUUCAUUAACUCUCGAUUCAAAUAGUAUAUCUUCAACUGAAUCAUCUAUUCGUAAUUUAGAUCGUUUAACAAAAACAUUCCAUGAAAUAUGUUCUGAUUUAACAACACAAAUUCUCUUACUUUCUGAUAAAUCAUUCCUUCUAUGUCAAAUAAAACAACUUAUCUUUAUUAUUGGUCCAUAUGAAAGUCUUUGGGAUUCUAUGUAUGAAACAGUUUCUAUAUUAACAACAAUAAGUAAUUGA